AUGCUCCUUAGGGCAUCAAUUCUACUAGUUUGCUCAGGCUUAGCGUGGGCUGUUACCAUCUGCAAAAUCAGUAGUCAGUGUGAUCAAUGUAAAUUAUUAAGUGCCGGACAGAAAUGCCUCAAAAAUGAACGACAUGAACAUUUAUUCUGUGAUGCUGCAAAUAACCGUAUUGGUAUCCAUGAGAAUUCAUACUUAUUUUGCGAUACAAAAAAGAAUGAAUUAAUUGAAAAGCAUUGUGCACACGGUGAGAAUUUCAUAAACGGAACUUGUUUGGAUAUUCUUCAGCGUCGCAAACGACAAGGUGUCGUUGGAAUUGGCCAUGUUGGCGAUUAUUGCUCCUUUAAUACGAACUGCUUGAAUGGAAUGUUUUGCUCAGAUGGUAGUUGUGCAUGCCGAAGCAAUUUUGUUGCCAUUCACGGAUAUUGUUAUCUUAAGAAAAAUAUUGGUGAAAGUGGUUGCCAGUAUUCGGAACAGUGCAAUGCUGCAUGGCCCGGUGCUCGUUGUCAAGACAAUAAAUGUGAAUGUCCAUCUGAUGUUAAUGGAAUUCCCUAUGUACAAACGCGUACUCAUGAUAGUGUUCUUUGCAUCUUAUUAUCUGGAGAAGAUGGUGAUCCGGUGCCGAAAUGUCCGCUUCCAGAAUAUGAUGAUGACUUAUUGACAAUGCCGAUAUCACAACUUCGGAAUCCAGCAAUGACUGAUCCAGAUGAUUACGAUAUCUUGCCAGGAAAACAUAUCACUCCAUUGCAAUUCUGUUCUUCAACAUCCACCGAUUACAAUGCAUUUGUAGCAAAUGGUGGUGGUGCAUGUACCUAUGCAACAGAACCGUACGAACCGGAAAAUGGAGUUUAUAUUGCCGAUAUCUAUGACUGCGUAGCAGUACCAUUGAAUAAUGUGAAAUUAGCAAUGAAAGGUAUUUACAAUAUUCAUCCACAAGCAGAUGGGAUCUGUUGUCCAAAUCGUGCAUUCACUUGCAUACAACCAAAACAUGAAGCGAAAUCAAAUGUAGACGAGUCAACUGGCGUACGACCACGUUGGUGGUUCAAUUCUGUAACCGGAAUAUGUGAGCAGUUUAUGUGGGAUCCAUGGGAUGAAACUGAAGUACAAUCUCCUAAUAACUUCAAAACUCAAGAACACUGCGAGUCAUAUUGCAGAGACACAUGCAAACGCGGUUUACCGCAGUAUUUAGCGAGACGCAUUUCAAACGAAGAGGAGACGAUCAAUAACUGUCAGACGAUGACUUCAUGCUUAUCCAAUUUUGAAUGCAAAACAAUCGGUUGGAAACAACUUUGUUGUCCAAGUGUUGCAAGCAUAUGUAGUAUUGCCGGUGGACGUCCCCUUGAUACUUCUCGUCAUACUAAUUUCGAUCCUGGCUACAGUGUGAAGAGAACAUUUAACUUGAACUUCGAAAAAUCCCGCCGUUAUUAUUAUGAUUCCGAUCAAGGCCGCUGCAUAUCAUUUACAUACAACGGUGCGUUGGGUAAUUUCAACAACUUCAAAUCAUUGUCUGAAUGUGAACUAUUUUGCGAAAGGCUUCAGUGUAAAUAUGGUACGCCAUUGAAAAUCGGACAGAUCAAUCAACGAUGCAGUCAUAAUAGCCAUUGCCCAAGCACAUAUGAAUGCCAAAGGGACCAGAAGAUUUGCUGUCCUGAACCUCGUUCGAUUUGCUCACAACCAUUGCGACUCGGAAAUUGCAAGCAAAGUAUUCGGAGGUACUGGUAUAAUAUGGCAAUCCAUGCAUGCCAGAUCUUCAACUAUACUGGAUGUCAAGGCAACGAUAAUAACUUCGAGACAUUGAUCGAAUGUCAAAAUACGUGCGAUAAUACUAUCCCGGAACCAAGGUGUCCACAAGGAGAUGCAUACAGGGACAACCAAGGGAAUUAUUUCGUUUGUUCCAAUUCUAAUACCGUGAAUAAGUGUCCACUAAAUUAUGAAUGUCAUUUUGACGGAUAUUCGUGGGGUUGUUGCCCAACAAGGGCUUACACAUGUCAAUUGUCUUCUAGUAAAGGUGUUACUUGUGACACCGGCUCAUCCUAUCGCUAUUUUUAUAACUCACAAACACAAGAAUGCGAAAGUUUCCUGUAUAAUGGUUGUGAUGGAAAUUCGAAUAAUUUUGCAACAUACGAAGAAUGUGAAAGUUAUUGCGGUGUGAGUAGCUGUCCGAAUAGCGGUGCUCCGAAAAGAAAUGAAUUUGGCAAACAGAUAAAUUGCUCAUCAACUGUAUCUUGUCCCAGUACUCAUGAAUGUACUUCACUUACUUCCGGGAGUAGUGUAGUGAGUAGAUGUUGUCCAAAGCGAGCAUAUAUCUGUUCGUUACCGCCUCAGCAAGGCAAUUCAUGCAAUAUGUCGUCUGUCAUACGUUUCUAUUUCAAUGUAGCUAACAAGGGUUGUAUCGAAUUCACCUAUAAUGGUUGUGGCGGCAAUUUGAACAAUUUUGCAACUCUCGAGCAAUGCAAUAACUUUUGCUUGUCAUCAGCUUGUACAUCAGGCGAUACUGUAUACAUAAAUAAGAGUACACAUAUGCCUUUCGAAUGCAAAACUGGUGUAAAGGAUAGUUGUCCCAGUAAUUUUGCAUGUACUUACGACGAAAUUUUUGGAAGAAGUGUAUGCUGUGGUGCAACAGAUAUGGAAGUUUGUCCAAAUGGUGAAAAAGCAUACAUAAAUGCGUUUAAUAUGAGUGUUCGCGAAUGCCUGAUAAAUAUCAGUAAUUCAUGUCCCAACUACUACCUGUGUCGUUUUCAUAUUCAGACAAAUCGUUACUACUGCUGCUCAUCUGCCAAUGGAGAAGUUUGUCCCAAAGGCAAAGAUUUUUACAAAGAUCCAUCUACGAAGUCACCCAUCCGUUGUAUGAUAAGCAGUGGAAGUAAUCAAUGUCCAACGGGAUACAGCUGCUUGUCUGAAGUUCCAGGAGCUCUGCAGGGUCACUGUUGUUCAUCCAAUUAUUUAUGUCCGAAUCGUGCUAAGUUUUACAUGGAAACGAUCAGUGAAAUGCCACGUUCAUGUCAACUGGAUUCACCUUUUAUCACUUGUCCUACUGGCUACACAUGUCAAAGUACACAAACCGAAUUUACGACCGGUUAUUGUUGCGAAAGCGAUAAUGAACCAGUUUCCGAUGGUUGUCCGCCGAAUAAAUACGUUUAUAUGAGAGAUAAUCGUGUGGUGUCCUGUGAUCCGUUCAAUUCGGUGGCAAGUGCUUGUCCGAAUGGAUACUUUUGCCAGUGGUCAUUGCCGAAACAACGUUAUCAGUGUUGUGGUGAGACACCACUGCUUGCUUAUAAAAGCACUAAAAUGGCUUCACUUGGUUGUCCUGAUAAUCAAGUGGCAUAUAGAGAUGCAGCGACAAAUGAGCCAAAAGUAUGUACAGUUGUGGCACAGAAUUGCCCGACGGGAUAUUUUUGCCAGUUUUCCAGUUUCAAUAACCAGUUCCAAUGCUGCGGCAUCAGUAGUGGUUGUCCAAAUGAGCAGGUUGUAUUCAUUAGAGCAAAUGGUGAAGUGCAGAGGUGUACACCUGGUCAAACUGUUUGUCCAAAUGGAUAUUCAUGCCAAGGAACUUCAAAUGGAUCUCAUUUAUGCUGUACAAGCGGAUCAAACGAAACGAUUUGUACCAUAGACCAAGUAUUGAUCGAUAGUUCAUGCGUGGAUAAAGUUGAAAUCGGAAAGCCGUGUAGGAAUUCGAAGCACUGUCUGGGUAGAUCCAGUUGCAUUGAUGGCUCUUGCAAAUGUCCAGAUGGAAUGAGCAAUGAGGCAGGCUUAUGCAAACAAGUUUGUCCAGAAGGCAAAAUACUAAUAGCAGGUGAAUGUCUGGAACGAGCUGAACCGGGCGAUCUUUGCAUCAACGACAAACAGUGCUUGGGUAGUUCAAUAUGUAAAGAAGGGAUUUGUGAAUGUCUAAGAGGGCAUGUCAUUUACCGUGGUAAAUGUGUUGUAAAAGAAACAAAAGUUAUAAAAUGUUCAAUUCCGAAUCAAGUACCAUAUCUUGAGAAAGGAUCCAGCAAGGUGCGAUAUUGUUCCCCCUCAAAGAAUAGUUGUCCAAAAGGAUACAGUUGUCAGUACAGUCGCGACGCUGAACGAAAUAUCUGUUGUGGUUAUCCAGGUACCAGUGUUGUUGGCAGAAGCAGUAGCCGUAAAGCAACAAAUGCUCGAAAGAAGUCAAAGGUUAUUACCGAUGCUUGCGACAAUGGCAUUCCAUAUAUCUUGAAAGGGUUACCGCAAGUUUGUACCUCAGCACCUUGUCCGAUUGGUUUCGACUGUACUUUCUCCAAAAAAGCCCGGAAUUACUUCUGUUGCAAAAGGAAAGCCAGAGAAGGUGUGCAAGGUGAUGGUUGUCCUUUCGGAAGAGCACUUCUUUUUCCAGCAACUGGAACGCCAUUGCAGUGCAAUAGUAGAAAGCAAAGAUUCUACGAAGCCUCGAGUACCGUAUUAUGUCUAGGGAGUCAAGUUCAUGUGAGACAGUACGUGAAUGGUCAAUACUUCGAUCGCUGUGAAGACCAUUGUCCAGCUUAUCAAACCGCAAUUAACGGUUUUUGUACGAAUCAGGUCGAACUUCCCGUAAAAAUACUGUGA